GAUGCUGUUUUCCCUGAUGAUGUUUUCUCUGAUGAUGGUUUCUCUGAUGUUGGUUUCUCUGAUGUAUUCCCUGUUCUGUUGUGUUUUACAGGGAUGGACAACAGGGAGUUUUCUCUGAACUGCUCUUGGGUAGAGAACACAUCUCUCCCUGCCUACUCCUCAACGUCCUCCUCCUCCUUCACUGGGUUGGAUCUCCUAUUUGACCUGAAGCCCCUAUUCAUCCCUCUCUACUCCAUGGUGAUCCUGGUCGCCUGCUCUGGCAACCUCCUGCUGCUCUUCCUCAUCGGGCUCAACAAGAAGAGACACAACACCACCAACUUCCUGAUCGGCAACUUGGCGCUAGUCGAUUUGGUCAUGUGCAUCUUCUGCGUGCCCCUGACGGCCUCCUAUGCCUUCGACAAGCGAGGGUGGCUCUUCGGACGCUUCAUGUGCCACUUUGUCACCUUGAUGCAGUCGGCGACGGUUUUCGCAGCCGUCUUGUCACUCACAGCCAUUGCAGUGGACCGGUACGUCGUUGUGGCCUAUCCCAUUCGCAGGCGGUUGGGUUGCCAGUUUUGCUGGGGUUUGGUGGCUGCCAUCUGGUUGUGUAGCCUUGCGUUCUCCACUCCCACGGCUCUCCACAUUGGCUACCUGGACCUGAGCGCCACCGGUCUCCACAUGGUCGUCUGUGAGGAGUUCUGGCAUGGCCAGGAGCGGGGACGCCUUGUCUACUCCUGCUUUGUCCUGGUCUUCUCUUACUUUGUGCCACUCGCCGCUGUGUCUGCAUCCUACCUCGCUAUCUCCUACCACUUGAGACAAAGGAACAUUUCUGGUUUGAUGGCGGCGGGUCCUGUUUCCAAUCAAAUGAACUGGGGGCGAAAGAGAAGAAAGACUUUCUGCCUCCUCCUUGUGUCGGUGCUCUGCUUCGCCUUCUCCUGGCUCCCUCUUCAGGUGGUCAAUCUCAUCCGUGACCUGGAUACUGACUUCACCAUCCUGGGCAAGAGCCACGUCAACGUGAUCCAAGUGUCGUGCCACCUGUUAGCUAUGAGCUCGGCGUGCUACAACCCAUUUAUCUACGCGUCGCUCCACGACAAGUUCCUGUCCUGCCUGUGUCAUCGUGACCUCUUCCCCCGUCACAGAGGAGUGGGGGGUCGAGGGCCAAGGGGAAACAGCAGCAGCUUCAUGACAUCCCACCGACUGCACCGUGUGAACACCUUCUCCACCCUGGGCGACAUCCCGGUGGUUCUGGGGAACAAGAUGCCACAGGAGAGCUGGCUGUUGCGGCAGGCACAUAAGUCCUCAACCACUACAAUAAUUGACCAUAAUUACAUGUAGUUGGAGUUUGAAUGAGGAAGCACCUUAUGACACAUGGGCCAGAGCACUGAACGUGAAGGAUGUAUCUGAAAGAUCAAUUUUCUCCCCUUUGACCUCAUCCUCUAAUUAAUUCUGAGAAGGACGUCAGGAGAGAGUAAUCAGGAAAAUGCUAUUGAGAUAGAGUCCCUAUCGCUGAGACGUCAACCAACAAAACAUUUGGAAAUCAGGUGGGAUGAGGUUGGCACCAAUGUAGCUGACAGCUGCACCUGAACGAGCACGGAUCCAUGACAAAACAAUAUAUUUCUGAGCUUACAGUCACUGGAAGUCAUUGGUAGAAGAACACUGCCAAAAUAAAGGAAACACCAACAUAAAGCGUUGGGCAACCACCAGCCAGAAAAGCUUCAAUGCGCCUUGGCCUAGAUUCUACAAGUGUCUAGAAUAGGAGGGAUGUGACACCAUUUUCCUAUAAGAAAUUCCAUAAUUUGGUGUUUUGUUGAUGAUGGUGGAAAGCACCGUCUCAGGCGUCGCUCCAGAAUCUCCCAUAAGUUUUCAAUUGGGUUGAAAUAUGGUGACUGAGACAAGAAUGGAAUAUGGUUUACAUAAUUUCAUGCUCAUCAAACCAUUCAGUGACUACUAAUGCCCUGUGGGUGGGGGCAUUGUCAUCCUAAAGAGGGCUAGCAAAAUAAUGGCCUGCCCAGCAUUUUUCAUACAUGACACUAAGCAUGAUGGGAUGUUAAUUGCUUAAUUACCUUAAUUAAGCACCUGCUUUCAAUAUACUUUGUAUCCUUCAUUUACUCAAGUGUUUCCAUUAUUUUGUCAGUUACCUGUAUAUCUAUGAAAAUACAAUUUAUGCAGAUUUAUUUUUAAACACUUUUGUUGGCCACAAAAAACGAUCAUACUAUGAAGCAGAUCAAAAGGUGGUCAUUAUCUGUCAUAAUAAACAGGGUAGUUUGGGUCCUGAAUGCUGGUUGGCUGAAACAGCAUUCCAACGGUGUGUAUAUCAGACAAUAUACCACAGCUACGACACAAGUUAUUUUUUACUGUUAUAUUUAUGUUGGUAACGGGCUUAUAAUAGCAAUAAAGCAUCUUGGGGGUUUGUGUUAUAUGGUCAGUAUACCACUGCUAAGGGCUGUAUCCAGGCACUCUGCUUUGUGUUGUGCAUAAGAACAGCCCUUAGGCUGAGUAUAUUUAAGCAAUAUGGCCCGAGUGGGUGUGGUAUAUGGCCAAUAUACCAUGGCUAAGGGCUGUUCUUCGGCACGACGCAACGCGGAAUCGUGGUAUAUUGAGCAUAUAUCACAAACCCCCUAGGUGCCUUAUUGCUGUUAUAAACUGGUUACCAACGUAAUUAGAGCAGUAAAAAUAAUUGUUUUGUCUAACCCAUGGUAUCAAAUCAAAUUAUAUUUGUCACAUGCGCAGAAUACAACAAGUGUAGACCUUACAGUGAAAUGCUGACUGACAAGUCCUUAACCAACAAUGCAGUUUUAAGAAAAGUAAGUGUUAAGAAAUAGUUCAAUAAAAUAAACUGAAGUAAAAAAAUAGAAAAAUAACAAAUAACUAAAGAGCAACAAUAAAAUAAGAGUAGCGAGGCUAUAUUCAGGGGGUACUGGUACAGAGUCAAUGUGCGGGGGCACCGGUUAGUUGAGGUAACUGAUGUAAUAUGUACAUGUAGGUAGAGCUAAAGUGACUAUGCAUAGAUUAUAAACAGAGAGUAGC